AUGAGUUCGGUGAUUCGUCAACGCGAGCGGCACAUGGUUCAUCUGAACCCACUGUGGUCAAUCCCGGCAGUCCUGCCAGCGUUCUCGGAAUGUUCCGGACGACUUUCCAACGCCGUGCCACUAAAAAGACGUCACCUCCUGACCUCUAGCGGCUCACCACUUCUGUUUAAUGCUGACGGGACACGCCGCAGCAACCCGUCGGACGCCAAAAAGCUCUACAACAACGCGGUCAAAACGGGUGCCGAUUUUUCGGUCUACAACAGCAAUCCGUUCUACCAAAAUUCCUGCGUCAAGCUGCCCAUUCGCCCAUCGGAAUGCGUACCAUCUGGUACCGACAAGUAUCCUGCGCCGCCACCGCUCAACUUCAAGGGCAUAACCGACACGCCAUUCGCAGGGGACAUCCGGAUCUACCCCAAUUGGAGGGACGCCUUCAUUCGUCUCGUCCAUGCUCCGGGACGCGUCAUGCAGGACUCCGAAAGGCUCCUGUACCUCAAGCAGUGCCUUAAAGGCGCUCCGCUCGACCUCGUCGAUCGUUACCCCAUCAACGAUCUGGGCUACCAGUUCGCUACGCAGCAGCUGGAAGCUCACUACUUCGACGAGCAGAAAGCAAGGUACACUCUCCGCCAGGACCUGCAAGGCAUGCGCUCUCCAAAUGCCGGGUACGCCGACCUCUUGCGGUUCCACCAAGAGCUAGUCCACAUCUGUGGCAAUUUUUACCAGGCGGGAGAGGACAUCACGGACAACGACUGGUGCUCCGACAUCGUCAUGGCAAAAUUGCCUUACAGCGUUCGGCACACGCUCAACACAAGGAAGGCGGAUCAAGGAGACGACUCGCCUUGGACUAUCAGCCAAGUGCUCGAGGAGCUUCAACGCGCGCUCAACGUCAUGAAACGGACAGCGCUCUACGAUGGAGGCCAACAGCAGCCAUAUGGCUCGAAGUCCAAGAACAGUCGCCUUCAUGCCAUCGAAGGCAGCUCAUAUGAGCGGACCGGCGGCACAUUUGUCGGUGCUGUCACGGAGGGUCCAAAGACCCGAUCGUGCCCAUUCUGCGGCGUCAAGGGCGUGCACUGGCCCACGGAUUGCCCAACUUACCCGACCGUCAGCUCGCGAUACGCUCGCGCAAAGGAGCUCGAUUUCUGCUUCGUCUGCCUCCAAAGGGACCACUGGAGGAUGAACGCCAAAGCCUGCAAAGCAACGAACAACGGACUCUGCACCUCCUGCGGAAAAGCCUUUCACCACAAGGCACUUUGCAGCACCUUCCUCGAGAAGCGACGCGCAGGAGGAAGUCGACAGCAGGGCCGCAAUCAAAGGCCGUCCAACCGCAACCAGAGCGGUGCCGGUUCCAGCCAGAACCCAAAGAACGGACGCCGACCGUACCGUGGACAGCAGGGUGGAGGCGUCCCUGUGGCGCCAGGGGGCACGGCGCUCCAUCCCACGAGUUACGGGCCUCAUCAGAGGCAGUCCCAGCCAGGACGAGCACAGAUUCACGCUGCUGCAGCUGCAGGCAUCGAGGAAGCUUCCGCUCCAGACAGAACGGCGGCGCCGAGCAGCAAGGACUCCGGCUACACUGGAACGCCGUCGACUCCGCAGCAGCCAUCUGGCUCACCCCAAGUCGCAGAUUCGUACGCUUACGAGCCUGCGCACCUGUCCCACAGCUAUGGGCAGGGGGCCCAUCCCAGACAGGAUGACGAUGGCCAAUUCUCGGUAGUCACUCAUGAUAGUGACGCGCCAACCGAACCCGGCGAGGAUGAGCUCGAGCCGUUCGACCCCUCCAGCUUUCACAGCGGAUACGCAGCUGUCGGCGUCGCUCACACCUCCGAGAAGCGGACCCAUGGCACCUUCCUCGAGUGUGGCAUGGCUACCGUCUUCAACCCUACGACAAAGCGAAGGAAGAGGGUCUCCUUCAUGUUCGACUCCGGCUCCAGCGCGACGUUCGUCAGCACAGAGGUAGCUCGCGAGCUCGAGUUGCCCAACUUCGGCGACCAACGCCUUCGAAUGGACACCUUCGCGCAGGACAAGCCGACCAGGCUCGACACCUUCCAUACCCAUCUGGGUUUCGAUCAGCUCGAUGGCAGUAGCCUCGUGCUCAACGUGAAGGCGUCGCAGAAACUGGUACCGACGCUAGAAGCGGCGUUCAUCAAGCCCUCAGAUGAGGCACUCCUGAAAAGGAACCGUUUUGAGCUGGUUCCACAGCAUGUGACCCCCGAUAUCCUUAUUGGGGUUCACGAACAACAUCUUUUCCGCAAGGAAACAGUUUACCCGCCGUUACCUAGUGGUUUCUGCAUUGUGCGGUCCACUAUCGGUACCAUUAUCGCGGGUUCUGGCCGACUCAAGAAGAGAUCAUCUGAUCUCACCUGUACCGCGAAAGAAUCAUCUGAUUCUACCAGUCCACCUAGCAGCAGCCUUAGCUCAUCUGAGCAAAACGCGACGGCAACCCACAUCGAGUCUCACACGACUGCCCCUGAGGCUACGACGAAAGCCGCCACCGCACUCAAGUCGGUUCGGUUUUUUCACGAGACUACGACCGGGAAUGCGUCGCAAGCCGGCCUCUUCGAAAACGCCCGUAUUUAUCACGGGUCUGACGAUGCCACCGCUGCUACCGACCAUGUCUCAUAUGAGACGCACGGCUUUGGAUCAUCUGAUCCACCCGACAGAAACUCCAAUAUUGGAGUACCAGCUGAAUCAGAGCGCCUCUCCGUGUUCUUCGCGCAUCCGACAGAAGAAGAGUCACUCCACGAAAUGGCUCAAAACUUCUGGAAAACGGAGAACAUCGGAAUCGAGAAGAAUGACCCGCGGAAGGAAGACGAUCUCGUCCACAAGCGCAUCAAGGGCAAAAUUCGCAUAUGCGAAGAAGACGGCGGCCGCUACCAAGUACGCCUUCCAUGGAAGACCGAAAACGGCGAGCCACCUUCGAAUCAAGAGCUCCCGACCCAUAUGGGUCUCGCGCGAGGACGUCUUGCUUCUCUCCAGCGGGCGCACACGCCAGAAUUCCUGCUGCAAUACGGCGCGGGAUUCUCGGAAAUGGAACGUGACGAGGUCAUCGAGAGGUUCAACCCGAAGGAUCGCAAUAUUGCGUGCCUUCACCUCAUGGCCCAUCACCCGGUCAUCAAGGAAACUUCGGCGACCACAAAGGUCCGCUCCGUUUUUGACGGUAGCGCUCACCUGCCCGGCAUGCCUGCCAUCAACGACUUCCUCCAUCGAGGGCCAGUUCUUCUACCUACGAUGGCCGGAAUCCUGCUGCGCACCCGCAUGAACGGCAUCGUCGUCAUCGCUGACAUCGCGAAGGCAUUUCUUCAAGUGUCGUUGCAUCCCAACGACCGCUCGGCGUGUGCUUUUAUGUGGUUGAAAGACCCUACAAAGCCGCCCGAUGACGACAACUUGAUCUUCUACCGCUUCCGACGCGUGACUUUUGGCCUAAAACCGUCUCCGUUCCUUCUCGGAGCGGUGAUCGAGUUCCAUCUGGAACACCAAGGCCCACUCGCAGAGGAAAUCUGGAGAAAUUGCUACGUAGAUAAUAUUAUCUUGUCAGCUGACUCCUUGGAAGAAGCUCUCGAGAAGUAUCGCGGCACUAAGGAGCUAUUCGCAUCUGCGAAAAUGAACGUCCGUCAGUUCGCCAGCAACUGCAAGGAGUUCAACGCGCGGAUGCCGCCAGAAGACCUCGCGGACCUGGACCACCUCAUGAACCUCGGCUACAACUGGCACGUCGCGACGGACAAGUGGCGCGUUUCCUACGUGCCCAAACCGGACAAGACAUCCGGCCGCAAGUGCAAAGGCCCGAAAAAGGACGACGGGCGCUUGACAAAGCGCAAGAUGAUGCGUUAA